AUGGCCGACGCGCAGCUGGCGCCACCGCCACCACCGCCAAAUGUUCAGGCUGGCGAUUAUCUCGUGGUUGUCCAUGCUCACACCGGCGGCGAAGAUGAAUUGACAAUGCACCGCAACGAUAUUAUCCAGCUGGUGGAGCUGGAUGAAGAGUUUGGAGAUGGUUGGUGGCUCGGCGAAUAUCCGGGUACUGACCUUAAGGGUCUCUUCCCCGCAGGCUUCACGAGAAGGGCGGAGCGACACGAGUACUCCAGAUAUCACAACACUCUUCGUAUUGACCCAUCAUCCCAGGGGGUAAUCACUUCAGAAGAAACCGAGUCGCCCGUGCAGAUCGAACCAACUACCCCAAAAGAGACCUCAUUCUCGGCCAUGAGAAGCGAGCAAACCACCCCGCAGGCAUCACGGCAGAGCAGCGUCCCUGGAGCGCCCCCGAUGGAUUCUCCAUCGCAGCGAUCUGCCUCAUCUCCCCUACCGUACUCGAGCCUAGCUGCCGACAUACAAAAUGCAUUGCGCCCAUCCGCUGAACAACACGCAAACGGCCAGGAAAGUCCCGUAAUGAAUGAGACUUUGAGUGUGAUUGAUGAGCACAUUACCGAUAUGAAUACGCCCCGCCACAGCGUGUCAACACAGGAUGCCAAGACCAUUAAUGACUCUGGGAGCGAAUACAGCAGCCACAUCAGCCAUCGACUGUCAUACAUCAAUGGAAACGAAACCGACGAGGAGGAGGGCACGACAUUGACUGAGGAACAGGUACGUCGGUGGAAUCAAACCGAAACCGCCAACCACCUCCGAAGCCUCGGCGUUGACUCUAAACACUGCGAUAUUUUCGAAAACGAGGAGAUUACGGGUGAUGUGCUACUUGAGAUGAACCAAGAUUUCGUAUUUAUGAAGGAGUUCGAUUUUGGUGUUAUGGGCAAGCGUCUCAAGACAUGGCACAAGAUCAAAGCCCUCCAGGAGGAAGUCAACAUGUCCAAACCUCAACAGCAACCAUCCCAGCCUCCCCGAGGCUCCGUCGCUGGAUAUCCCAGUCCCCAUGAAGAACGCUCAAUGUCUCGUGCUGGUCAUACAAGCGGUUUCCUUCCCCGAAUUCCGACUGUCUCAGAAAAGACUGGCGCAGGCUAUGUCCCACGGUCGUCCAUGGGACCUGGGCAGCAUCCCCGGCUCGCUAGCAACGGAAGCUCCCCAGUUAUCCCCAUGACUCCUCCUCGGUAUGUCAAUGAGUCAAGGAGAAUGUCCGCGGCGUCAAUUCGUGAAUUCAAUCACACCCGCCGACACUCUUCCAUCGACGCAACGCAACGCGGCCAUUCUGAAUUCCAUAGCCAUCCCAAGAAGCCGUCUUUUGACCGGACCUGGACGCUCAAUGGAGGAUCUCAAUCAGGAUCAUAUGUAUUACCCCCUCGCCCGGGAACUGCGGUUGGUACCCCGACAGAGGGUUAUCGGGCUUUCCGCGGGGCAGCCGAAUCGGAACCCAACACCCCUGAAGCCACUGAUGACUUGGACCGGGGCUAUUUCUCUGGUACAGAGGUUGAUUCGCGUCGGAAUCGACGUGUCUUGCAGAAACGGACAUCAACUGCCGGUAGCAACAGCCAUUCUCGGAAGUCAAGCCACCAAGACGAGCCCAUAUUCAUGGUGAAACCUCCAAAGCGCCAGUCUCGAAUCGCUAGUGUCGAUUCACUUCGCGAUGUUGAUAAACAUAUCUCCGAUGCUGCCAAGAAUUACAAUGAUUCUCCGGCUAAGUCCCGACUGCGGAGUCUGAGCCAACGCAAUUCUUCGUCACAGAGUGGUCGCACCUCUCAAUCAUCUGACACCAAACCUGGCUUCUUUGCAAGCUUCGGACCUUUGGUGGCGAAAAAGGGUUCUGACUCUGAAACUUCUUCACGCUCAUCGCACUUCCAGCCUCUGAGGAAUGUCGGCCCUAAGAUGCGACGGGCGGUAGGCAUGCGUGCCAUCUCAGAUGCUGCCAACAAGGAAGCCCCUUCACCCGUCUCCCCCAAGGAAUUUGAUCCUAGUUUUGGUCGUACUGGAUCCACCACCCCGUCGGCCACUUCCAAGAGUUCGGAACGACACAGCACGGAUGGUUCGGGCAAAGCUGGCGAGCCUGCGGGAUUCGUUGUUCGCCCUCGAACCGUCAAGUCUAAGAAGGAUACUAGUGCCUACACCCGUGGCUUAGAGAAGAAGCCGCCCCGGGAGCAGAUGGAUGGUUGUGACUAUAGUGGGUGGAUGAAGAAGAGAUCAUCCAACUUGAUGACGACCUGGAAGCCUCGACUCUUCGUUCUGCGUGGUCGUCGUCUCUCCUACUAUUACAGCGAAGAUGACACUGAAGAAAGAGGUUUGAUUGAUAUCACGGCCCACCGCGUGUUGCGGGCAGACAACGACCCCAUUAUCACUCUGCACGCAGCGGUCACUGGUUCUACCGCCCUUCCUGCCAAUGCUAGCUCCACAGAUCAGAACAGUGCCAAGGCUGUCACCCCCGAUGCCCUCGCCCUCGCCGGGUUGAAGAGCAAAGACUUGAGUGGCCCAUUCUUCUUCAAGCUGGUGCCUCCAAAGAUGGGCAAUUCGCGCACUGUGCAAUUCACUAAGCCUACGACCCAUUACUUCCAAGUCGAUAGCGUCCAGGAGGGUCGCCUGUGGAUGGGCGCUUUGAUGAAGGCAACCAUCGAGCGUGAUCUAGAUCAGGUUGUAUCAUCGACCAACAAACAAAAGACCAUCAGUCUCAAACAAGCACGCUUAAUGAACCAACGACCACCUGCACUCAUGAGCAACCCUGUCCCGGAGACCGAGAAACUGGUUGAAGAGGAAGAAGAAGAUGACGGACUACGCAUCGAGGGUCUCAACCUGACGAAAUCCGGUUCCUCGGCUGGUAACUCCUACGUGGAUGCCAAGGGCGAAUUAAUCGAAGCCGACUCCAACGCUAAUGACCUCACUCUAUCCAACCCUCUUGGAGAGAUUAACACCGGUCCCACAUCCCUCCUUCCUAGUCCCCUAGCGAAGAUGGAUUCACAGUGA